UUCCCAGACAGAUGUUGUGUUUUCUCCAGUCGUCCUGGGAGGGCUUCUGGGGUUCGGGAAGAUGCGCGCCAUAACUUUUCCAUGCUUGAGCUUCCUGAUGGCUUUGGGAAACCCCAGAAGAAACACUUUUUCUUUGUUUUAAAAGGAAGCUGGAAGACGGUCUGCCAUCUUCCGACUGAUAUCACCAAGUCGUUCUGCCCAGGAGGCCACCUGAGUCGCUGCAUUGCUGCUGUGGAAAUGGAGGCACCCAAUGGCUACUCUGCUAGUAAUGGCCAGUGCUCUCCGAGUAAGGAGAAGUCAAGAAUGUCUACACAGAUCUGCCAAAACGAUCCGUAUGUUCGGAGUUCGCCCAGUGAAGUGUCUGAAAAGCAGAUCAAGCUAGAAGAAGACACAAACGAGGAGGCUGAUAACAGAAGCCCAGCGUGUGAGGACCAAACAGGAGAAGAAAGGACAUCUGUUGGGGAAUCCAUCGGUGGGAGCCCAAACAAUGCAGCGGACAGUAUGUCUGGACAAAGUAUGACCUCGGAAGCACUCAAUCGACAACCAAACGGUGACCGGCCUUUCCAGUGCAACCAGUGUGGCGUCUCCUUCACUCAGAAGGGUAACCUGCUGCGACACAUCAAGUUGCACACGGGCGAAAAACCCUUCAAAUGUCCCUUCUGCAAUUACGCCUGCCGCCGCCGUGACGCUCUCACGGGUCAUCUUCGCACUCAUGCUGUUGGCAAACCACACAAGUGUAACUACUGUGGGCGGAGCUACAAACAGCGCAGCUCGCUGGAGGAGCAUAAGGAACGCUGCCAUGGUUACCUGCAGAGCAUCGGCUUGGAGCCGGCCACCAACACCAGUUCUUACGCAGGUGACGUUCCUAAAGAUCCGAGACCCAUGACAACGUUUGAUCGACCUCUUGUUAUUGAAAGACUGCACAGUAAUGUUGGGAAGAGGAAGAGCACCACACCCCAGAAGUUUGUGGGUGAAAAGAUGGUGCGCUACAGCUACCCUGAAAUGGGCUAUGAGAUGGGCCUCAAGUUUGAGAAGCAGGCCGAACUGAUGUCAGCCCACAUGAUGGACCAGGCUAUGAGUAAUGCCAUCACUUACCUGGGAUCGGACACACUUCGGCCCAUUAUCCAACACCCAGGCCACCCUCUGUCCAUGACCGAGGUCAUGCCUAUGGUCAACCCGCUCUACCAUCACGUUCUGCCAGUUGGUAAUCGAGCUGAGCAUACAGGAAACACUGACUCACUGCCACCCCAGCCUCCUGUACCUUCUGAGUUCCCCAGCCACGCCAUCUCCAAUGGGCCUGCUGCCAGAUCGGUGAGACCGACACAAUCGCGGCAAGAGGAAUCACCGAGUAACAGUGGAGGAGAUUCGCCCGACUCGGCUCGAAGCAGCACCCACGAACGGCAUACCAACCUUGCUGGCAGUCUCCCGCCAAUCCAAAGGUCUCGCUCAAGUCCCGUGGCUUAUUCAGGCGAUCACGCGACAGAGGUGUCGCCCAGAAGCGGGUCCGGAAUCAGGAGCGGGGUAUUGCGGGAAUCCACAGAGAGGCUGGCGAGUCAGGAAGCGAUGCGGGUGUUUGGACGAGACGGCCAGGAGUUGCGAGCCUUCCACUGUGACCAUUGCCAAGUGCUUUUCUUGGACCAUGUCAUGUACACCAUCCACAUGGGUUGCCAUGGAUACAGGGAUCCACUGGAGUGUAACAUCUGUGGCCACAACAGCAAAGACCGCUAUGAGUUCUCCUCACAUAUCGUCCGUGGUAAGCACACAUUCCAGUAAGAAGAUUGUUAGAUUCAGGAAAAACAUUACCAAGCUUUUAAUGGCUGAAGGAAGCGCCUUUUCAGCUACGUGACAGCUGACCAAACAUGUGAAGGCUCGAUGGCAGCGUGUGCUGAUUCAAUUCUUGUCUUCAAACCAUUUUAAAAACAAAACCUCUCAAGGAGUCGAUGACCAGGGGCCGUACUUAUCAAGCUUCUUAGAGUGCCAUUUUACACUUAAGUCCUGAGAAUUUGCGAA